AUGCUGCAGCUUUCUGGAGCCAUGGGUGAGAGUUGGGUGAAGCAGCUUGGAGGUGACCCCUACGUUCCUGAAGUUUGUGAUGACCUGUGCGCCCAAGCUCUGGGAGGCUUUCCAAAGGGCCUCAACCUCUCCAUGGGGAUGACUGUGCCUCCUAGCCCCCUUUAUCUCUGGCGACAUCCAAUGGGGCUGAAUCGAGUCCGGAGAGCCUGGGUCAUCCCACCCAUCAGUGUGUCUGAGAACCACAAGCGGAUUCCCUACACCCUGGUGCAGAUCAAGUCUGAUAAACAACAGCUGGGUAAUGUCAUCUACAGCAUCAAGGGCCCAGGGGUAGAUGAAGAGCCUUUUGGGGUCUUUUCCAUCGAUAAGUUCACCGGGAAAGUGUCCCUCAAUGCCAUGCUGGACCGAGAGAAGACUAACCACUUUAGGCUCAAGGCCUUUGCCCUGGAUCUGGGGGGGUCCACGCUGGAGGACCCGACUGACCUGGAGAUUGUGGUAGUGGAUCAAAAUGACAACCGGCCAGUCUUCCAACAGGAGGUAUUCACCGGCCACGUCCUAGAGGGAGCCAUCCCAGGCACCUAUGUGACAAAGGCCGAAGCUACGGAUGCUGAUGACCCAGACACAGACAAUGCAGCCCUGAGGUACUCGAUUCUGGACCAGGGCGAGACAGAGCAUUUCAGCAUCGAUGAGCUUACGGGCGAGAUCCGAACUGUGCAAGUGGGGCUGGAUAGAGAGGUGGUCGGAGUAUAUAAUCUGACGCUGCAGGUGGCCGACAUGUCUGGGGACGGGCUCACCAACACCGCCACAGCCAUCAUCUACGUGGAUGAUAUCAAUGACAAUGCCCCGGAGUUCACCAAGGAGGAGUUCUCCAUGAGAGCCGAUGAGGCCAUCGGUGGAAUAGAUGUGGGGAGACUCGAAGUUCAGGACAAGGACCUUCCUGGCUCUCCCAACUGGGUGGCCAAGUUCACCAUUCUGGAGGGAGACCCUGGUGGGCAGUUUGCCAUUCGUACAGACCCCAAGACCAAUGAUGGCAUCCUGUCUGUGGUGAAGCCCUUGGACCAUGAAAGCAGAGAGCAGUACCAGCUUCGAGUGGCUGUGCAAAAUGAGGCCCCCCUGCAAGCUACUGCCCCAAAGGCUGCCCGAGGCUUAGCCACAGUGACUGUGAAGGUGCAGGAUGUGAAUGAGCCACCCGUCUUCCACACCAACCCUCUUCGAGUCAGUGUGGCUGAGGGGGCUGCCCCUGGGACUGAUGUCACCACCUUCUUUGCCCGAGACCCAGACACCCAGCAACAUCAGCAUAUCAGUUACUUCAAAGACUAUGACCCCGAGGACUGGCUUCGAGUGGACCGUGCCACUGGUCGGAUCCAAACUAAGCGUGCUAUCAACCCAGCCUCACCCUUCCUCAAAGAUGGCUGGUACAGGGCCAUCAUCCUGGCCAGUGAUGAUGCUUCCCCAGCUCGCACAGCCACGGGUACCCUGUCCAUAGAGAUUCUGGAGGUCAAUGACCAUGCACCACUCCUGACCACACCAACCGGUACCCUGUGCAGUGACCCUGGCCAGGGGUCUGGCCUCAUCCUCAGUGCUACCGAUGAGGACUUGCCUCCACAUGGGGCCCCCUUUCACUUCCAACUGAGCCCCAGCUCUCCUGAACUGGCAAGAAACUGGAGCAUCAGCCAACUCAAUGUGACUCAUGCCCGGUUACGCUUGCGGACAGAGGCUCAGGAGGGGCUGUACAGUCUGGCCCUCCUGCUCCAAGACUCGGGGCAGCCCCCCCAGCAGCUGGAGCAGCUGCUCAACGUGACCGUGUGCCGCUGUGGGGAGGCCGGGGUCUGCACCCCUGGGGCAGCUGCCCUUCUGGCCGGUGGGGCAGGCAUCAGCCUAGUGGCCCUAGUCAUCGUCCUGGCCAGUGUCAUCCUUCUACUCUCACUCAUCUUGUUGGUGGCCAUCUUUGAGCGCUUUCGCCAGCGAGUCCGGGAGAAGGGCCUGCUGGAUGGGCUGCAGGAUGAUGUUCGGGACAAUAUCCUCAACUAUGAUGAGCAGGGAGGUGGAGAGGAAGACCAGGAUGCCUACGACAUCAACCAGCUUCGUCACCCUGCAGAGCUGGUGCCUCAGACCUCCUUUCGGGGGAGACAGCCUCUGCGAAAGGACACACCCUAUCACCGGGUACCUCCACAGCCCUCCCGGGCCCUGCCCACCAGUCCCUCGGACAUUGCUGACUUCAUCAGUGACGGUCUAGAAGCAGCUGACAAUGACCCCAGCGUCCCACCCUACGACACAGCGCUCAUCUAUGACUAUGAGGGGGAAGGCUCCUUGGCAGGAACGCUCAGCUCCAUCCUCUCAAGCUUGGGAGAUGAGGACCAGGACUACGAUUACCUCAGGGACUGGGGGCCCAGAUUCACUCGGCUGGCGGACAUGUACGGGCAGCCCUGA